AUGACGACGACCAGUUUCGUAUUCCCUGGUGAUGAUGAUGAUGCCUUCGUUUCUUCAAGACAAAUCCUUUUGCUUGCAUCUAUCUGUGCCGGUAUUCUCAUGUGCAAACUCGUUUAUGACUUGACUGGUUUCAUAAGUCCUUUGCUCUUCACUGCUUAUGGGAAACUCGAUGGCAAAGUUAGGAUGGAAUGGAACAACAGGGGAUUCUCAACUUUCCAUGCGGUGUUUGUCUCUGUGGCUUCAAUCUACCUCUUGGUGAUAUCUGAUCAGUUUGAUGAGAAAGUUCAUGGCGAUUUAGUCAUUGAUAGUACAACGAAGUUAUCUGAAGCUGUAAUGGGGACCUCCUUAGGCUAUUUUGUAGCAGACUUAGCUAUGAUCAUUUGGCACUUUCCUGCUCUUGGUGGUGUUGAAUAUGUUUUUCAUCACUGCUUAUCGAUGUUCUCGAUCAUUCUCUCUGUCACAAGUGGACAAGCUCAGUUCUACAUAUUCUUAGUUCUCUUGUCAGAGGCCACAACUCCCUUUGUCAAUCUCCGGUGGUACUUGGAUACAAGUGGUCAAAAAGGCUCUAAGGCGUACACUCUCAAUGGCAUUGCCCUGUUCUUGGGUUGGCUGGUUGCGAGGAUCCUCUUGUUUAUCUACUUCUUUGUUCACAUGUACUUCCAUUUCCAUCAGGUGAAGAAAGUGUUUCCACUGGGAUUCUACAGCCUUCUUUCGAUCGCACCGGCUCUCACAGUGAUGAAUCUUAUUUGGUUCUGGAAAAUCACCAAAGGGUUGAUCAAAACAAUCUCCAAGGCCAGACACCGUGAAUGA